CGCGCAGGUAGCGUGAUGCUGGCGCCGCGCCACCACCAGACGCACGUCGCUGCCGCCGCCGCUGCGGCCGCCGCCGUCUCCAGGACGACGCAGUACAAGAAGGUGACGAAGCCAUUGCUGGAACGUAAGAGAAGGGCUAGAAUCAACAGGUGCCUGGACGAGUUGAAGGAGCUUAUGAUGGGUGCUUUGGAGGCGGAGGGCGAGAACGUGAGCAAGCUGGAGAAGGCGGACAUCCUGGAGCUGACGGUGCGCCACCUGCAGCGGCUGUCGCAGGCGGAGGGCGGUGGCUCCUGCUGGCAGUCCCCUCGCUUCCAGGCGGGGUUCAGCCAGUGCGCGACGGAGGCGUGCCAGUUCCUGGUGUCGCUGCCCGGGCUGGACGCGCGGCUGUCGGCGCGGCUGGUGUCGCACCUGUCGCGUUGCGCGCCGCCCACCGCCGCCCCCGCCGCCCCCACCGCCCCCCUGAGCGUACAGGUGCCGGCGCCGCCACGUUCCGGUGCCUUCUCGCCGCCCGUGUCUCCCUGCGCGCUCACAGCACCCUCCUCCGCCGUCGCCGCCCCCACCGCCGACCACCGACCCUCCGACCACUACGCGGCCGCCCCCGAGACUGCGUCGCCUCCGCCGCCUACCGCGGCUGCAGCCUCCGCGGCGUCGCUGUCCUCCACCCCCAGCGCCAGCGACUUGGCCAAGCCGGUGGCCGGACUGCUGAUGACGGUGCCCGAAGCGACGCACCAGCCGCCGGGAAGCAUGUGGAGGCCCUGGUGA